CCGCCUGGUUUAAAUUUGACGUACGUAGGUGUGUCUUUAUUGAUUGACUUCCCCGAGUCUCUUGUCUCGAAAAUGUCCAUCGGUGGUGGUUACAAUUAUUCAUAUAUCUUCAAGUAUAUUAUUGUUGGAGAUAUGGGUGUGGGAAAAAGUUGCCUUAUGCACCAGUUUACUGAGAAAAAGUUUUUUCCCGAUUGCCCACACACGAUUGGAGUUGAAUUUGGGACAAGAAUAAUCGAGUUGAAUGAUCAAAAAGUUAAACUUCAAAUAUGGGAUACAGCAGGCCAAGAACGUUUCCGUGCGGUUACGCGUUCUUACUAUCGCGGUGCCGCUGGAACUUUACUAGUGUAUGAUGUGACGAGGCGCUCUACCUUUAACCACAUUCAAACUUGGUUAAGUGAUGCUCGUCGACUCACUUCUGCGAAUACAGUUAUUAUGCUGAUUGGAAAUAAGUCUGACCUAGAAGACCAACGAGACGUGUCUUAUGAGGAUGCCAAGGCCUUGGCUGACGAAAAUAGCCUCAUGUUCCUCGAGUGCAGUGCUAAGUCGUAA